AUGGGGCGGCUUCACUCUGGGCUCACGUUUUCGGUGGGCUGUCUGAUCCUGGUGUGGGCAGCAGGCUCUGGCUCCAGCUGCUCAGAGGUCUCCUGUGUCUCCCCAGGGAGUGUGAGGGUCCUGCAGGGGCCCACCUGCUUCUCCGACUACGUCAACAUCUCCACCUGUGAGUGGGAGAUGGCCCGGCCCACCAACUGCAGAGCCGAGCUCCGCCUGUUCUACCAGCUGAAAUUUUUCUACUUUGAAAACCACACGUGUGUCCCCGAGAACAGAGCUGGCGCGGUGUGCGUGUGCCAUAUGCAUAUGGAUAACGUGGUCAGUGUGGACACCUACCAGCUGGACCUGUGGGCUGGGGAGCAGCUGCUGUGGAAGAGCUCCUUCAAACCCAGUGAGCAUGUGAAACCCCUGGCGCCCAGAAACCUCACUGUUCACGCCAACAUCUCCCGCACGUGGCUGCUGACGUGGAACAACCCGUACCCUCCUGAGAAUCACCUAUACUCCGAGCUCACCUACCUGGUCAACAUCUCAAAUGAGAACGACCCCACGGAUUUCAGAAUUUAUAACGUGACCUACAUGGGGCCCACCCUCCGCUUUGCAGCCAGCACCCUAAAGUCUGGAGCUUUCUACAGCGCACAGGUGAAGGCCUGGGCUCAGAGCUACAACAGCACCUGGAGUGAAUGGAGCCCCAGCGCCAAGUGGCUUAACUACUAUGAGGCGACCUUGGAGCAGCGCCUCCCACUGGGCGUCAGCAUCUCCUGCGUCGUCAUCCUGGCUGUCUGCCUGUCCUGCUAUGUCAGCAUCAUCAAGAUUAAGAAAGAAUGGUGGGAUCAAAUUCCCAACCCAGCCCACAGCCCCCUCGUGGCCGUGGUCAUCCAGGAUUCUCAGGUGUCACUGUGGGGGAAGCGGUCCCAAGGCCAGGAACCAGCCAAGUGCCCACACUGGAAGACUUGUCUUGCCAAGCUUCUGCCCUGUUUACUGGAGCAUGGCAUGGAAAGGGAUGAAGAUUCCUCCAAGGCUGCUAGAAAUGAGCCUUUCCAGUGUCCUGGAAAAGUAGCAUGGCACCCCAUGGAGGUCAACAAGACAAUCCUCUGGCCAGAGAGCGUCAGCUUGGUUCGGUGCGUGGAGCUGUUUGAGGCCCAAGUGGAGAAUGAAGAAGAGGAAGUGGAGGAAGAUAAAGGGAGCUUCUGCCCAUCACCUGACAGCAGCGGGGGCACCUUCCAGGAGGGCAGGGAGGGCAUCGCAGCCCGGCUGACAGAGAGCCUGUUCCUGGACCUUCUCGGGGGCGAGGAUGGGGGCUUUAGCCCACAGGGCUUGGAGGAGUCCUGCCUUCUUCCACCUUUAGAAAAUCCAAGUGUUCAGAGGCCCUGGGCCACGUCCCCAAGUGUAGGGCCCCAGGAGGCAUCGUCUGAGGACAAGGAGCCUUUGAACCCAGAGUCAAGUCCUCCAACCCAGAGCCCAGCCAGGCUGGCUUUCCCAGAGAUGCCCAGUGUCAUCGCAGACAACCCCACUUACCGCAGCUUCAGCACCUUCCUGAGCCAGUCCUCAGGCCCUGGAGAGCUUGACUCAGACCCACAGCUGGCCGAACACCCAGGGGAAGUGGACCCCGGAAUCCCCACCGCCCCCCAGCAAUCUGCACUGCCCGCCGCACUCCAGCCUGAGCCAGAAACGUGGGAGCAGAUCCUGCGCCAGAGCGUCCUCCAGUGCAGGGCAGCCCCGGGCCCCGCCUCAGCCCCCAGCAGUGGCUACCGGGAGUUUGUGCAGGCGGUGAAGCACGGUGGUGCCCAGGACAGCGGGCUGGAGGGCUCUGGCCCUUGCGGAGAGGCUGGCUACAAGGCCUUCUCCAGCUUGCUCGCUGGCACUGCUAGCUGCCCGGGGACAUCUGGAGUGGAGCCCAGCAGUGGGGAGGGGGGCUACAAGCCCUUCCAGAGCCUCACUCCUGGCUGUCCCGGAGCCCCUGCCCCAGUCCCCGUCCCCCUGUUCACCUUUGGACUGGACGUGGAGCCCCCUCACAGCCCUCAGGACUCAUUCCUCCCAGGCAGCACCCCAGAGUGCCCUGGUUUGGAGCCAGUGGUCAAGGGAGAAGACAGCCAGAAGCCCCUGCUGUCCCCGGAGCUGACCACAGACCCCCUCAGGGAUGACCUGGGCAAUGGCAUUGUCUACUCAGCCCUCACCUGCCACCUGUGUGGCCACCUGAAGCAAUGCCACGGCCAGGAGGAACGUGGCAAGGCCCACAUUGAGGCCAGCCCCUGCUGUGGCUGCUGCCGUGGGGACGGGUCCUUACCCCCGGUGAGCCCCCUGAGGGCCCUGGACACCCAGCUCAUUGGGGCUCCAUUGGAGGCCAGCCUCUCUCCAGCCUCCCUAGCACCCUUGGGUGUCUCAGAGGAGGGUAAGUCCCCCCUGUUCUUCCAAACUGCCCCCAACAAUGCUCAGAGCUCAAGCCAGACCUCCACGGUGAUGGCCAUGCUCUCCCCAGGGCCCACGUGCACGGAUGCUUCCUAG